AUGUCGGUUUCGGCUCUAUUUGGUUCGAGAAUGGUGGUCCUCCCAAACCCAUCUUCUGGAUUUGGUGGUGCGACGAAGGCGCCAGUCCCGAGGGUCGGCGGCGGAAGCUGCGGCGGUCUGGUGAUAGAGUGCUCGUCACGGCCGCAGAAGAAGGCGACGGCGCACCACCGCAAGACUCGGCCGCGGAAGACUCAGCCAUGGGACAUCCGCCGUAAGCCCACCGUCUACCCACCUCUCCCUCCCCUCCCUCCCGAAUGGACUCUCGUCGCCGACGACGGCGAUGCUCAAUCUCUUCUUCCUCAGCCACUCGAAACCACCGAGUAA